AUUAGACCCAGUGUCAGAGGUUAAUAAGGUCAACUUUUCGGUAACAUGUUUCUGAGUACUCGUACUUUUCAAUUGUUAAAUAUAAUUUAAUUUAUGCAAUAUGUUUGGAACCAGACAGUUUCUAAGUACUCUUUUCAAGGGUAUCAAGAAUACAAGUCUUCAUAUACCAGGAUUAAAUCGUGGACUGUUAUCCAAGGUUAUGUUGCCAUCAUCGACUCUGAUCCAAUCAAGAGAUAGGUCAUUACUAACAAUGCACAUAAAAGGGCCAUUUAAUUACAAGAAGAAAAAAGCCGACAGAAACAAGAAUCAUCCGAUGGACUUCAGGCCCCAAAUGAAGGGGGUUGUACUAAAGACACUGAUCCGCAAGCCUAAGAAACCAAAUUCUGCAAACAGAAAAUGUGCUAAAGUACGGCUGAGUAAUGGUAAAGAGGUGAUUGCUUUUAUUCCGGGCGAAGGACAUACUUUACAAGAGCAUAAUAUCGUUCUGGUGGAGGGUGGGAGAACGCAAGAUUUGCCUGGAGUUAAGCAUACCAUAGUCCGAGGAAAGUAUGACUGUGGACAUGUAAUAAAGAAGAAAAAAUAGAGUUUAAAGUAAAAAAAUUCAUAAAUUUUUACAGAUUUUAAAAAUUCGUGACCAGCGGUGUAAAAGCGGGCACUCACUGUGUCAUACGACGACUCCAACUCCGUUCCCUGUGAGCGCUAGACAACGCGACACCCACUGUCUGCUGAUAAAUUUCAAUUAAUUGCCCAGUGAAAAUGGGGAUAACAACAACAUAGCAUAAAGGAAAGUCAGUCAAUUCGAGCGAAUGCCAGUUCGAGAGGAUGCCAGUAGGAGUGCAUACGAGUUGAAGCGCAUGCAUUUAGUGCAAACUAUAACAAGGGCAAAUUUAUCAUCAGCCUAUUCUUGUAUUUGUGAGUGAAAUUGUAUUUUGGUACUUUUGAUAAUUAUUUCAUGUUUGAAUUUCCCCAUCAUAGAAUUUUAAUUGUAAAAGCUUGAGUCUCGGCUCAAAGUAGGAAAUCUUAAUGUAAUUCGUACAUAACUUGCACAGGCUGUUGUUCGCAUAAGUGGAUCAUUUUCCGUUCGAACUAGCAUCCGGUCGAAGUAAUUUCUGCUCGAACUUGCAUUCGCUCGAAUUGACUGGUUCACAUGUACAGAUAUAUGAGGAUUUGUUUAGUUCAAUAAAAUAGAUUUAAAAAAUGUGGACAUUU